AUGGCUGCAGAUCCACCCACGGCCGGUCGUCUAAGCUUCAAGCAUGGAUGGAUGGAUUCAGGAAGACGGAAGAAAAAGCAAUAUGAAGUUCCUGUCUGCAUCAAACUGCUUUCACUUAUAUUCUGCCGAAUUUCUUCCUUCUAUGGGACUGUACAUGGGGAUUAUCUACAAGGGUUAUGUCCUUUGCAGGUAGAUUAUCUUAUAGGACGGGCGAAAUACAACAGAAGAAGCUCCUCCGCUGCUACUCGCCAAACUCCAAGCAAAAAGGACCUUCCACUUUCCUUGCUAAUGGUAAAUUACCAUGGUACCUAUCUAAUGCGAUUUGUAAAGUUUUACCAAUCUGGAGGAUAUUCAAUACCAAGAUUUAUGAUUUGGCAUAAAUUUCAUCCAGGAAAUUUAGUCCUAGGGACUUUGAUAUACAAUGAUACACCAAAGCAAGCAAAGAAGCCAAAAGAAGUUAAAUGUUUUUACCUGCUGCUGGCAUCCGAUGAGCAGUUGCAGGUGUCAACCAUAGUAUUGUUAUAUGAAGUGAGAGUUGCAUGUGCUUAUCUGAAGCUUAUACUAAUAAUUUGCCUCCCUAAUUGUGGCUGA